GGCGACAUGUCGGUGAAUUAUGCGGCUGGCUUGUCUCCCUAUUCCGAUAAGGGACGAUGUGGGCUCCCGGAGGCAUUUGAUCCACCGGACGAACUGUGUCGCAAGGUAGUGGAACUAGCUGAUAUGAUUCGGAAAUCCUCCUACGUAGUAUUUCACACGGGAGCCGGGAUCAGUACUUCCUGCGGAAUCCCAGAUUUCAGGGGGCCUAAUGGAGUGUGGACUCUGGAGGAGAAAGGUGUGAACCCAAAGUUUGACAUCACGUUUGAAUCUGCAUGUCCUUCCCCUACCCACAUGGCGCUGCUUCAGCUGCAGAGGGUUGGCAUCCUGAAAUUUUUGGUUAGCCAAAACGUAGAUGGCUUGCAUGUAAGAUCUGGCUUCCCCAGAGAGCAGCUGGCAGAACUACAUGGAAACAUGUUCGUGGAGGAAUGCAGCAAAUGUAGCAAACAGUACGUGCGAGAUCAAGUUGUAGGAACCAUGGGGCUCAAACCUACUGGGAGACUCUGUGAUGUGCCCAAGGUGCGAGGCCUGAGAGCUUGCAGGGGGAAGCUCAAAGACACCAUUUUGGAUUGGGAAGACUCACUUCCUGACAGAGACCUAAACCUAGCCGAUGAAGCCUGCAGGAAAGCAGACCUGUCCAUUACAUUGGGGACAUCACUGCAGAUUAGACCCAGUGGGAACCUACCACUCCUCACCAAGCGCAAGGGUGGGAAACUAGUUAUUGUAAACCUUCAGCCGACCAAGCAUGACAAGCACGCGGAUUUGAGAAUACACGGUUAUGUGGAUGAAGUGAUGACACAGCUCAUGGAGCUUUUGGGUCACAAGAUACCAGUUUGGACUGGUAUGCCUACUAAAACAGAGCCAACUAAUGGAAACUAUAAGGAGGAAAAUCAUUUCUACAAUGAUUCAGUGCUGGGUGCUAACCCAAACCAAAAAAGAGAAGGAUGCAAGGAAGAACCUAAUCUCGAGCCAAAAAAGGCAAAAGUUGAGCCAGCAUGUGUAUGAUACUGGUCUUCUUAGUUCAAAAAAGGUGCUAUAUUCCUUAACUUGGCUCUAACUUUGUUUUGUGCUGGACAUAAGAAUACCCAUAUUUGGAUAUGUAUGAGCCAAACUAUUUUAUAUAAUGUUACACACAGUGCUGUAUUAGCUUGUACAUGUCUUCUUGACUGAGACAGGCACACACAUUAGAGAAAAUGUAUCCGUGAGAGAUGUGCCACUCAGUUUCACUAAAGUUUUCUUUUUCAGGAUGUAUAUCUAGCAAUGCAUAUAAAAAGACUUGAUAUUGUACAUUCCUCUAUUUUUAAAAAAAGGGAAAAAAAAACAAAAAACAGUUUACAGAACUGCCAGCCAUUUCUUUAAACAGAAAUAAAAUACAACUUUCUCAGAUG